CAUGAUAUACUUUUUUCCGGCCUUUUCUGUGUCCACACCACUGUACCUUCAAAGUCCUCGAAUCUCGUCUCGGUUGGCUGUGCCGCCCUGACAUGCAGCAUCUUCGAUCUUGCCUUCCGAUGACAAAGGCACGAAGCGAGUCUCGCCGGGUCCAUCAUCUCUAUCAGGAAACGCAUCAAAGUUGACGAAAUCCCACAAGGACCACCCACCUAUUCGAAGAGAACGAAGGGUCCUCGGACCGCCUGUAUAGCAACAUAUGACAUUGCAGACCGUUCUUUGGCAGCAGCGCUCGGCGGCGGUCUCGGGGAGCUGACUUUUGUCUCGGUUUGUGCCACGGCAUCUCCGGGGUUCGGAGUGCCCAGCAACUCAACCGCCAUCCUCGACAUCGGCGGCGUCGGGGAUGAAGCUCUGAAGCUCGAAGAGGCAAGCGAGCGGUGCCGCCGUGGAGUGAGAGGGAGAGGGCGAAAGUAGCAAGACGGGGACGGGAGAGCGGAUAUCUGAUUAGAUCGGGCUAUUUGGCGGUGAGAUGCAAGUUCGAAGCAGGCAGGCAGGACAAGUAUGCAGUCCAUGGCUGACAGAACGACGAUCAGAAACCGAGAGCCGUCAGUGAACAAAGCCGAUGUCCAACAGCGGCCGUGCCCCUUGCUUCUGCCGUCCACUUCAACUCUCACCCCCUCGCAGCGGUGGCGGGCUCCGUCUCUCUCGACGCUCCCCUCGACGCCCUCGCCAGUCAUGCCCGCCCGGACUCUCUCGUCCGACUCAGAGCUCUUGUCGCCGCUGCGGUACGCCCCUUACGUCCAGUCCCCCCCUCUCGACCUCCCAGAGCCUCCGGGGCACGCAAUGCAGAACGUCCAUCCUGCCCACGCCCACAUCUCGUACCGUCCAUACCCGCCUGCCCCGGCCCAUGCGAGCCUCCAGCACUUUCACCAUCGCGGGGCGACGCCUCAUACACAGCAGGACUAUGUAUAUCCCAUGGCGCCACCCAUGCAGCGCACUGAGGACUUGGCCUGGCGCGUGCAUCCCGUCGUCCCGUCCCAAUGGUCCCCGCACUCGUCUAUUGCCUCUGGCUGGCUGCCCCAUCCUCCACAAAGGGUCGCUCCCAUGAUGCUCCCGCCGCCAUUGCUGCAUAAAGUUUGGAUACUCGACUGCCAGACCUGCGGCACUUUUUUGACGAACAGGGGCAUGAAGGCGGUACUGCUGCUGCGCCCAAGCGUACCGCUAUACUCAACAGAUGCUCUGCCAAUCAACUGCUCGCCGUACGCUGUAACGGCAGAGACAACCGCCGCCGCCGCAUCGUCCAGCAACUCACACGACCAGGCACACCUCCCAGCCGUCGCCAGAACGUGUGAGUGUCUGACCCAGACACUUUGGUGCCAGGGGUGCGGGACGGCCGUCGGGUACAUGAUUGUCACCCCCUGCCUCCGCUGCACGUCCUCCAUCACGCCGAACAACAGAUCGACGAACGGGCACCGUUUCGUGUUUUACUCGGCGGAAAUAAUCGCUAGUGAACGACACUACGUUCCUGGCGAAUGUGGCAUCAACGUCGACGCUCAAUCUCCCGAUGCGGCGCCCCAUCACCCGACGCCGGCGACGUCUCCGCCGCGACGCUCGCGGCACGCCUCCGGUUCGCCUCGGUCCCAGCGCCAUGUGCGUUCGAGCGCCCCGGUGCCGCCGCCGCGCCGCCGCGACAGCUCGGCCUCGAACUCUUUCGUCGAGCCGCCGUCCCCGCGUUCAGACCGCUCGUCUUCUCCUCCGCCACUGAUACCGCUGACGCCUCCUCGCGCUACGCACCAUUCCCGGCCGGGGCGGUUGCGAGAAGGGGAAGUCGUCUUCUGGCACCAUCUGGCUCGAAGCGGAGAAGUGCCUGCGGUCUCCGACGACCCUCGGGCGCGUGCUGCCACCGAGGACGAAGCCGCUGCGGGGUCUGACUCAGCGUCGAAGACUAAGGCGGAGGCCAGCCAAUCGACGGCCGUCCGCGCGAAGAUGAUUGCGGGUCGCUAAUAUUCGAGUUUUCUGUGAUACCCUUAGAGUUCAUGAACGUCACGCCUUGAAUGCGGAUCUUGAACGAUGCAUACUACUCCUUCCGCAGUCUACAUCCCACGGACUACCUUAGCAUUGUCGCCUACGAAUCACGACCAAUUCCCAUACCCCUCGCGUCCGACUCUUCCGUGUAGUGAUCUUAAGCCUUAUUCUGUGCAUAUACUUUUGCCAUUGUAUCAUUUCUUCGUCGUGUAUAGCUUUACUUCGAGGUUUACCCGUGUAUCUAGCGAUGUAUAACAGCCAUCGAUACCCUCAC